UUCUUCCGUUCUUGGAGAGCCAUCUCAAACACAUCACGCGAAAGAUCCCAUUUACAGUUUUCAGUUCUUCUUUUCUAUUGGCUUGGCCUCUGGUUUCUUCUGUUUAUAUUUGUGUUAUCGCUUCUUUCAUCGUUUCUGUAAACUUCUAUUGUCGAGCCCGUGAACGUAAUCAGGAACAGCACGUAGGAACAUUUUGAAGCUGCCAUAAUGUCUGUGUACAAUCAUCGCCCGAUGGUUCCUGCGCCCAUGAACCGCAUUGCCGAGAUUCUGGACAACAUCCGAGCUGAAUUUGAUCAGCUUGCACAAGAAGCCUAUGUAUGCAAAACCCAGAGAGACGACUUUGAACUUAAAAUGAACUCUCAAAUCCAAGAGAUGAACAAUUUCCAACAAAGCCUGAUGGAAUUGGAACGAUCUCAACAAACCCUUAAAAAACAAUACGAAGAUGAGAUCGGCCGAUUGCGUCAGCAACUGGAUCAAGCACAAGCACGAUCAGGUCAUACUACCAUCCCUACGAGCAUGCCCAUGUCAAGCGGUAUGCACUCUUCACAACAUUCUGCGCCGCCUCCACCGAAUAUCGGUCCGGCUUCCAAUUAUUUCGGUGGUAUCAUGAACGCUCAUACAAAUAGCCAAGCUCCGGGAUUGGUGGCUCCUCCUCAGAUGGGCGAUCCCAAUCAGCCUUCCUCCCAACCUCCGCACAUCAGCUACCCAACCUCGCAACCGCCCUCUAGUGUGCCCGGUCCGUACAUGAACGGUGCGCCUGCACCUGCACCUCCAAUGGGCCAUGGCUACGCAUACCCCCCUCGCAUGGUCACGCCGGGUACUCCCAAGUCCCAAGCGGCCGAUCCCCAAGCCAACGCCAAUAAACGCAAGUCCGGUCCACCUGCCGGCUAUUCCCCGGGACCCAUUAUUGCCGGUCGUCCCACGCCUCCCCCUGCCAAGGGUCCUGCAAGUGCCAUGACACCUGGUGGAUUGGCCGAUGUGGAUCCGGAAACCGUUCCUGCCAAUAUGAAAAUCGAAGGACAAGACUGGUUUGCACUAUUCAACCCCAAAGUUACGCGCUAUUUGAAGGUCGAUCUGGUUCACACAUUGGAACAUAACAGUGUUGUAUGUUGUGUGAAAUUUAGUCAGGAUGGGCGUUAUCUUGCUGCAGGAUGCAAUCGUUCCACCUUUAUUUAUGAUGCGAUGACUUCCCAGCGAAUCUGUGUGCUUCAAGACGAUAGUGUACCCAAAGACGGCGAUCUGUAUAUUCGAUCUGUAUGCUUCAGUCCCGAUGGCCAAUACUUGGCUACGGGAGCAGAAGAUAAACAAAUCAGAAUCUGGGAUAUCGCCAAGAAACGCAUUCGCAAUGUAUUGUCUGGUCACGAGCAAGACAUUUAUUCGCUUGAUUUCAGUCGAGAUGGUCGUAUCAUUGUUUCCGGUUCCGGCGAUCGAACAGCACGGAUAUGGAGUAUGGUAGAUGGACAAUGUUUGCAUGUGCUUCGUAUCAAGGAUCUGGAUCAAAAGGAUCCUGGUGUGACGAGUGUCGCUAUUUCGCCGGAUGGUCAUUUGGUUGCUGCCGGUAGUCUGGAUAAAAUGGUGCGUGUAUGGGAUACGCGAACGGGCAACCUCCUUGAACGUCUGGAAGGACACAAGGACAGUGUUUACUCUGUGACUUUUAUGCCUGACGGCAAGACAUUGGUCAGUGGCAGCCUGGAUAAGACGUUGAAAUUAUGGCAACUUGGCACCAACGAAGGACGCGGCUACGGUGCUGACAGAGACCGAUCGAAAGGACCGUGCAAAAUGACGUUUACUGGUCACAAGGACUUUGUGUUAUCGGUAGCAUGCACGCCGGACGGUAACUGGGUUGUAUCUGGUUCUAAAGAUCGAGGCGUUCAGUUCUGGGAUCCGCGAACGGGCCAAACCCAAUUCAUCUUGCAGGGCCACAAGAAUUCGGUCAUCUCGGUUGCCAUUAGUCCGAGCGGUCGACCGUUGUUUGCCACGGGAUCAGGAGACAAUCGAGCGCGUAUCUGGAGCUAUGAACCUCUCGUUUCCUAGUAUGCAUCGUUCAUUUAACCUAUGGUUUCUUUCUUAUUGCCGCUGUUUAUUUGAGAUUUUCCUCUAUUUCUAUCCCUGUUUCUCUCUUUCUUUCUUCUUUUCUUUCUCUUUUUUUGUUUUUCACAACGCUUUUUUCUUUGCAUAAUGAACAUCAUCUUUAGGUCUUUUAGGGUCGCUUUUUCUUUUUCUGGUAUUUUUAGCGAAUAUGACAAGAGGUUUUGACCACAUAUAUUGUUUUGUUUCAUUUCAAGAAUAUCUUAUGAUUAAAUGACCGGGAUGUUUCUCUGCAUCAACGGAAUUUUGUGAGCUCUGGGGAGAAAACCGAGAGAAAUACUAACGAGUCCCAGCAGAGCGAUUCAAAAAACUUGAACGUGAUAAAGAAGAAAAAUAGACUCUUUUAUAUUACAGUAUA